UCUUUGCUGAACUCUGAUAGGCGGAAAAAUAAACUUCAGAAAUGCAAGAUGGCGCUGCCCAGAACAGGAAGGUCUGCCAUCGUCCUCUCCUCCGUCCCCUUCCAACUGCUGCUGUAUUUGUCUGCCAUCUACUUUGUCUUCUACUUCCUGUGCACCCUCUGCAUGAUCAUCUACAAGAGUCAGGUCCUCAGCUACCCUGAGGAGCGGCUCGCCUGCGACCUGGGGCUGCUGCUGCUGAUGGCUGCCCUGGAGGCCCUCAGUCUUUUCCUGGGGGCCUCGGGGAACCUGAAGGAGAGGGAGGGCCCCGUGGUGGGGAGCCUGGUCCUCAGCGGGACCACCAUGCUGCUCUCCGUCUACUUCCUGGCCUGGCAGUCCUACGUGCUGCGGGCCGACCUCGUCCUCAAUGCCAUCCUGCUGGGGGUCUACAGCCUCGGCGGGGUCCUGGCCUUCGUUACGGUCGCCCGGUUCACAAGUAUCAACUCAUAAGAAGAUCUCUGGGCAACAAGUGACAGAGCUGGAGCUCUAAACCCCACCAGACCAGAACCACGUUCCUUCUGUUGUUUAGUAUCACAUCGCUUUCUUUGGGAGGGGGUUUGGUAAUGGAUUCUGUUUUAACUUAUAUCAGGUGAUCUUGAAUGGGUAUUUUAUUUGUACAUGUGCAUUUUGGUGCAUUUUUGUAUAGUUUUCAUAAUUAUAGAGCAAUAUAAUAUUGCUUUAUCAGGGAAUUUUAUUCUGCAUUAUUAUUAUCUCUGUAAAUAAUUUCACCUUUAUAAUAGUUUAUAUAUUUUUCUAUUAUUGUUUGUUGUCUAACCUAUAUCGUAUUUUCUGGUAAUUUACUGAAAAUGUAUAAACGACCUGCCUUUUUAUUUGUUUUACCUCUAGAGGGCGGAAGUUAUCUUUUUUUAAUGUCCUUUUAAUUGUAUAGCUGAAAUAAAACGACUGAUUGAUCUUUUGUGUUUCCCUAAAGGUUAAUCAUUACAGAUGAAACAAAUGCAUUGUCCAUGUUCCAACGUGGUUCUUAUCUUUCUUAUCUUAUCUUAUCUUCUUAUCUGAUUACGGUGCAUAUGUAUAUGUAGGCCUAUAUAGAGUAUCUUUAUUCAUUUAUUUUUAUUUUUUAUUUACUCUUAUCGUUUUCAGUACUUAUUAUUCAAUACUUGCAUUAUUGUUUGUGUGUUAAGAUUGUUCGCAAUUAAUACGAAUACCAAGACAAAUUCCUAAUAUGUUUAAAUGUAUUUGGCAAUAAACCUUUUCUGAUUCUGAUUCUGAUUCUGAUCAUUAUUAUAUUUCAUUAUUUUAUCCUACACUUCAGAUAGUUAUAGGUUCACACUAUUAUGCCACGGUUACGUCUAGUUAAAACUGCAUUUAUAGCAUUGUAUAGUUUAUCAACAUGAGUUUUAACCAUUUUUCUCCCAUCUCGCAUUCUUCAAAGUCUUUUUUUUUUGCAGUCAGUUAAUAAUCAAACCCUCUUCCAAGGUGGCCAUGGCGACCAGAUUCAACACAUUGCAUUUCUCAUCGCAUCAUGCGUGCGGUGCUUGAGCAACAACAGAGCAGCCGGCCUGCAAGGGAGCGCACAAAAGAGACCAGGGCCCAGUCUGCCCCACAUUCGUGAAUGUUUUUAUAUAACUGCAACCUAACGCGCCACCCUCUCCCCUUUCCACUGCAAUGAAUAGUACCAUUCAUCAAAAUAAAUGAGCGGGGCUACUAUGUAUCUCUUGAAAUGUAAUGAAA